AUGCAACCAAACAUCACAAUUGGUUCACCCAUUAUAUCACCAUCAUCACCUAAUGAACAUCAAAUAGAUAACAAUUCAUACAAAACAAUGUAUCCAUACAUUGUCGAAUGUAAUAGCAGAUUGAAACCAUCUGGUUCCUAUCCAUCAUUCUACUACAAAUGUCCCAGUCUACUUCUCUCCCUUCCAAAUAAUAAUACAAUAAUGAUGAAUAAUGUUUCAUCAUCAACAGUAUCAGCAUCAGCAACAACAGCAUCGGUUACUCCUAAAGUCUUCCCCUCUAAUAAUUUAUAUCAUCAAUUUUGGACCACCAAUUCUAACAAUAAUACAAUAUCUUCAUCAUCAACAACAACAAACUCUUCAGUACACAAACCACAAACAAGUUUUGAUUUUCCCUCCAAUUUGAUCAUUCCCUCUGCUUCGUUAUUUACGGCAAAUCAAUUUUAUGUGGCGGCAACAAAUAAUUUAUCUGCCCAAGAACAAAACAAUAACAACAAUAACUCGGCAACUCGAUCGAGUCAAACAAAUAAUAGCAAUACGAGUACGACCAUUCUAACGGAAGAUGAGGAUAAUAAUUUAAAUUCUAUGGGAGUGAUGAUGGAGAAUGAUGAGGAAUUUAAUGUAUUCUCUCCACAAUUAAUGAUGGGACAAUCGGCUCCACUGAGUGAUGAUUCGAUAUUGUAUCGAUUACAUCAUGCUGUUCCACACGGAAUGAUGAAACACUUUGAAAAGAUGUAUGUGUGGCCAUUAUCACUUAAUACCAUUCAGCAACAAACUCAACAAUCAUCAUACAAGAAGAGUCCUUCGUUUUCUUCCUUUUCACCAACACCUCCUUCCUCUACAAGUUCAUCUCUCAAUCAAACUCCAAAACGUUCUUCUAACAGCAAUAAUAGCAAUACUAACAAUUCAAUGCUUUCACAACUUAUUAGAACUUCAAAUUCGGAAACAGCACUCUCUGCUCUUGAUCAAUCAGCAACAAUUGCAGCAAAUAAUGGUUUAAAUAUACCACCAACUUCUCCAACAUCUAAUGCAUUUCAUAAUAGUGCCCUGUCGAGAGCUUGCUAUUUUGAAUACGUUUGGGAUUUGAAUGAAGACUGUCAAUAUAAACAAAUAUUACCUCCAUUCAGGAGUAAGAAUCCUCUAGGUUAUGAUGAACAACAAGUUGCUCCUCUUUCAAUCACUUCUUCCAGACAACAACCUUCUUCUCCUCCCUCUCAGACUUUAUCUAGUAUUGCCUUGUCAUCUCAAUCAAUUAAACGAGGUAGAGGUGAUUCCUUCUUGAAACAUUUAUCAGCCAUUCGAGAAUUGGAAGAUGAAAGAAGUCAAGAGGCAAUAUUUGGAGAUUCUAGUCCACUACCUCACAGUUAUAUGGAAAAUGCAAACGGAAGUGGAAAGGGACUCACUAGACAAGGAUCUAUUGGAAAGGCAAUCAAGGGUGCAUUGUCAUCUUUGAAAAAGAAGAAGAGUGAAAGUGAUUUAAUGAGUGAAAGUAAUGAUAAUAAUAAGAGUAGUCUAAAAUUGGAUGUUGGAAAAGUUGACAAACAAGAGAGAAGACAAAAGACUCUUUCAAUGAGAUUUUCAGGAUUUUGGAACAAACAACAACAGGAUGAUUCCAAUACUCCAAAAACUUCACCUAGAGAAGGCAAUUCUUCUUCUGCUAAUGUCAGCAUUUCUCAAUCGAUUAAUGAUAUCAAGACGGCUGAUAUCUAUGCCGAAAUUGAUAUUAAUACAGAGGAAAGAAAAUUGGAGGAUCUUACCAAGGAAAAUUUAAAUGAUGAAAUGGUUACAUUUAUCAACGAGCUCACAUAUUCAGUUAACGGAAAUAGAAGAUUGUCUGCCAAAUUUGGAAAUGCAAUCUUGAGUAGUGCUCCAACAGCUGCUGACAUGAAUAUCAAGAAUGAAAUUCUGGAAGAGAGGUUAAUGAUGCUUCUCAAACCAUACUAUGAGUACAAACCUUUGGAUUUAAUUCUGUGCCAUAGGACAUUGCCAUCUCUCGAGUUUCCUGUCAAGAGCAAGAUUACUAUUACUCUGUCUGUGUCUGAUUUUUCAUUGAUGGUUGAUUCGAGAGAAUUAUUCACAUUCUCCCUUUCGUUGUAUGAUUGCAAGACUGAGAGGAAGAUUAGUGAGGACUGGUAUUUUAAUUUCCUCACGGAGGCUCAACUUUCAACUCUUCCUCCAUCUGCACAAGAACAUUUGAGAAUGCCUCCAACAAUUGUGCAAGAAAAAACUUUCCAUGUUAGUUAUCCACAUGAUCAAGUUUAUUGUGUUCUUGUUGUGAGACGAAUUGCUCCCCAUAGUACAGUACAAGAGGCCGCAGAAGAACUUGGAGGUUCUUCAAAGGACAGGAAGAAUAAUACUAAUGAUGAGAGAAGGAAAACUUUAGCUCACUUUGAACAGUCCUUCUUGCUAGGAUUUUGUAAACUUUUCGCACAAAAGAAAGGUACAAGUUUAAAUAAUAGUUUCAGCAAUACAGCCUCAAACUCAAUGAGCUCAUCCUUCUUCUCGGAAAAUAUUGAUGACACCAAGAUUGAUUUGAAUUUUAAUAAGAUUGUUUUGGAAAGGUUUUAUCCAAUCAUUGUGGAUGCCAAUAUUGAAACAUUUAACAUUAUCACUCUAUUGAAACAUUUGGAUCCUCAGAGUUCACACAACGGACUUCAAGCUUACCAUAUCAAAGGUAAAGUUACUAUCGAGUCGAGAUUGGAAAAGGAUUGGAAGAGUUCAUUCUCUCGUUCAACUCUCACUAAACAAUCUAGUUACAUUGAGGAUGAUACAUUCUCAUUGGAUUUCUGGGAUGAAGAGAGGACAGACCCAUUCCGUCCAGAUUCACCUCACCGUAGAAGUACAGAAUCACAAAAGAGAAGAAACAAAUCCAAUUUAAUGCUAGAAGAGGAAAUGAAUGAAGAUAUUAUUGAAGAAAUUCCUUGGACAAAAUCAAGAUAUCCAAAUAUGGUCUAUAAGAACAUGAUGUACAUUCAUUUAAAGUUUGCUCGGUUGGGAGGAGUUAAAUCAUGUAAACAUUUACUAAUUGAAGUGGCUGUAAGAGAAAAUGAUCUCUCUAAGCCAUCUCCAGAAGAUUUUAUCUCUACUACCAAUACUGAGAGCAAAAUGUUGAAACGAUUGAUUGGAAAAUACAAUAACAAACUACAAAGAUAUCAAUUCUCCAGUCUCGCCAACAAUACAAAGAAAAAUGUACACUUUGUUGAUGAAAUUAAGGUUGACUUGUUGGGACUCACCUCUGAAAACAUUACUGCAGGCCAUCACUUGUUAUUUACAUUCUACAGUAUUGAUGUUGAGGAUUCUAAAGGUAAAGUUCAAAAAUAUAUGGACUCCCUAGAUAUUAGAAAUGCUCAUUUCGGUUCUUCUAAUAGAAACAUUCUUGGUUAUGCCUUCUUACCAUUGGCAGCAAAGAAUUCUGUCUAUGAAGCAGAUAAGACAAUAUUUGGUGAUUUACUUGUGAAUUAUAUGGCAAUUAGACAAAGUGUUACUAAUGAGACAUUGAUGAUUUAUUCAAAACUAAAUCCUGGUUACUUGUCAGCCAGUGAGAAGGACUUGAUGUCUAACAAACUUACUGAAAAAGCCAAACUCAAAAUUGAUGCAAAUCUUGUCUCUACUAUUCAACCACCCGAUGAAAGAUUGCAAUUAUUAUUUGCUGCUUAUAAUGCAUUUACAAAGAGUACAUCUCUUCAAAAAUCAGCCAUUCUAGAAUAUAUUGUUUAUCACUUAUACAACAAGAUUGUAUUGAUAGAUUUCAGCUUGUGUAUGCCAUACAUGUACUUGAUAUUUGAUAUUCUUCUAGAAAUUCUGAACUAUUCCGAUAGUGACCAAUUCGUCAAGGAUAUAGCUACUCAUGAGAAGAUUAGAUCAGACCUUCAGGUGAGAACAUUUGAUGCCUUGGUAACUUGUAUGAACCACUUCCAUGACUUGUGUGGAAAUAGCUCUCGUGGUAAUAGAUUUUUCUCUGGAUAUGUGAAAUAUGUAUUUAAUUAUGAAACUUUACAUUGCAAAUUGUUGAGUUUAUUCAUUCUCUACAUGCAUAGCAAGGAGCAAAAGCAACAAGACGAUAUCAGUGUUGAAUCAGAGUCAUGCAGAUAUUCUUGGUUUAUUUUCGAUAUGGCUAUUAAGAGUCUCCUUGUUGCACAAUCCAAAGGUGUUAAAAAUUAUGAAGAGGCAGAUCUUAUUCAACUUUCAAAGAGUCUUAUCCAAUUACUUUUUGAAGGAAUGGAAAAACUGUUAGGUACCAACAAUGCAGCUAACAAUAAUUUGGUAGUUUACUGUAACAGAAAUAUUGCUCUAUUUAUCAGAGAUUUAAUUCCAUUUUUGGGGUAUUCUGAAUCGGCUGGUGUUUUUGAUUUUUAUUGUAAAAAGGUAAAUCGAUGCACUUCCAAGGAUACUGCUUCUAGAUUAUUGAGUGAAUCUUUGGCUAUUAUUACAGAUUAUCACUCUAUUUGGGAUUUGGACACUGCUGGAAAGGAAAACGCAUUCGUAAGCAAGCUCAUUACUUUCUUCUUGGAAUCAAUUGAGGCUGGCAAUGAAAAGAUAAUUUUCAAGACAGCCAAAUAUUUCCUUGAUCUUUUCAUCAAGAUUGAUUAUGAUGAAAGAUAUCAAUCGAGGGAACAACGUGAGCGAGUCAUUGGAAUUUUAUUUAAUUCAUUAGUUGACAACUUCUUUACCAAAGGAGAAGAACUUUUGCUCAAACUCAAACAAUUCAACGAAAUUAAUAUUAUUCUGAGUACUAUCAUGUUGUGGACCAUGAGAAAUUGUAAUAGAGAUACCUUGAUUGAGUGGUGGAAGAAAAAGACCCUCUAUUUUGCUAACGAUCUGAAUGACAUUAGUAUUAUAUUUUACGUUUUAAAGUUUUUCAAGAAUGUUGUACUUUCAUUCAGAGGUAUUUCAAAAGAGAGAUCUGAACAACAAUCCAAAAAGCUUGACUUUGUUAGCAAAUCUUAUCAAAUUGUGGUCUAUUUAAUCUUUAACUUAUUUAUAGGAAAGGAAGGAGGUAUGACCAAGCACUUGAUUUCUGUUUUGGAAAAUGUUUCAGAUAGUGCAGCAGAUGAUGAUACUGUUGAGGCACUAUUAUACAAACUAAUUCAACUCAUUCGACACACAGUCAUUCACUCACUUUUAAGACAUGAUGGUAAUACUUGCUUUAUAAUGGUUAAAAGUGUCAUGACAGAGCUUAUUACCAACUUUGCUGAGAGAAUCAGUGUUCAUGAAAUUAGUAAUUCAAGAGACUUGUCUAUGAAAUUCUUAAAGAAGGAAAACAAGUUUAGAUUACUCAUUGCUUUAUUAAUGUUCAUGGAAAAAUCUCACAGCUUGUUGGUCUUUUGUCCAGAUGCAAACGACUUGGACUAUGAUACAGAUGUGUUCAGAGCACACUGUGCUAACUGUAGUGAUAUUUUAUUGAGUGAAUAUUUGAGUAGAAUAGAGGCAUCUUCCAUUAGCAAUAUUAAUGAAGCCGAACCUGAGGACUACAUUGUCGAUUUGGAAUCUAAAUCUCUCAAGGCAGCAACAUUGGAAGCAUCCAUUAAUAAGAUUUUAGGAUUUAAUCCAGAGAAUGAUAUUGAAAAUACUGAAAACUUUUCUCAAAUGUUCUACUUGACAUAUAAUUUAUUUAGUUCUCCAGAGCACAUUAUUGAUAUUCUCAUUUCCAAGUACAAACACUUGAAUCAACAAUCAAAGAUGGACUCCUCCAAGAAGGACAAUUUGUUUAUUGCCAAGAUUAAUUUAGAAAGAACAGCAGCCAGAUUAAUCAAGGAUGGUUUUUAUGCUUUUAACAAUUUAAGUAUUGCAAAGAGUAUUAAUUUCAUGCGGGAAAUUGAACACAUGUCAGAUAGUAGCAGUUCCAGUAUUGCCAAGAUUCAAAAUGCCCUCUUAUUGAAUGUCUUGUCCAUUCAGGCAUCUUCAGGCUCUCGUUGUAACAUUACAAGCCCUGGACAAGAUGGAGAUCAAUCAACAGACAAGACACUCAUUCUUCCAAAAGGAUUGACACUUCAAAUGGUAUCCACUCCACAAAUUCCAAUGUCAAAGUGGAAUCACGAUAGAGAAUUGUACUUUACUACUCAACGUAUUACCAAUCCGUUCAAAAUUACUUUUGAUAUUGUAGCUUGGCCUUCCAACGAGAUUGCUCAUCAACUUACUCUAUUGGAGGCUAAAUUCUUCCUCAAAAUCAAACCUUACGAAUUUUACUAUAUUGAAAGCAAGGAUAAGGAAAUUAGAGAAAAGUACAGCAGUAAUAUUCUAUUCAUGCAAGAGCAUUUCAAACUGGUUCAACAUUGGGCGAACGAAAUGGUACUUGUUCAAACAAAUGACAGAGAUAGAAAGAAGGUUUUCACAAAAGUCUUGUGUUCAGCUCAGUCAUGCUAUCAACAAAACAACUUUUUCGGAUUUAUGGCAUUGUUAGGAGCUCUCAGAUCCACCUCUGUCUAUAGAAUCAAGGAGCUUUAUGAAGACAAUAAGGAAGUUCACAAACUUUAUCAAGAAUUGGAAGAUUGUCAAAAGAAGGUUAUCAAUUCGAAGGAAAUUGCUGCCAUGUAUGACAGUUUGUCAGAAAAACAAUUACCAUGUGUUCCAUAUUUAGGAAGCUUUCAAAGUCAAGUUUUAUUCACAAAGGAAGGUAACAAACCACUGUUAGACCAUCCAAAAAGUCCAAACAAGAAGGUAAUUAAUUACAAGAUGAUGAGAAUUCUCCUCAAGACAUUGGAGCGUGUUGCUUCCCUACAACAAUUGUGUCUCAAUUAUGACUUCCAAGAAUUGGCCUAUCUUCAAUUCGUCUUUACUGAGGAAUUGCCUCGUCUUAUUCAUCAUUCAGAUGAAGAUUUGUGGGAAAUUUCCACUAAAAUCAAACCAUCUAAUAGGCAAUUAGCUGAUUAAUAAAGGAAGUUUCAUAGUUUCCAAAAUUGAUUAAACACUACUAACAACAUUUGAAUGGUUGAUUGAGGGUGAUGCAAUAUCAAAUCCUUUCAAUUCAGUUUCUGGUGAUUCUGAUUUGGUUUUUGCUCUUUGUGGAGAAGUUGGAGAAGCAAUGGUUUUAAGUUGAGAAUUUGAGGAAAGGUGCUUAUUCAAAUCAUCCAGAGGCCCAAAAGUGAAAACUACCAACAAAGAAUAAACGAAUACCAGUAUUCUUUGCAAGUGACUUGCAACUGCAAAUGCAAUAUAAUCCAAUAAUCCUAAAAUGAAUAAAAAUGUUGUUAAUCCCAUUCCAAUUCCAAGAAAUAAUUGACUAAUACUGAUAGCAAUUAAUUUUUUAGAUGCAGUGUUCUGUUCUUCACUUGGUUUAAGCCCACAUCUAGCAGCUG